AAAACACAGAGCGGCUCACAAGCAGGCAGGUAGGUGUGAGUUCACUUCCCCAGGCCGUGCUUUGGAGACGAGUACGAGAGGAGUUUACCCAGUCGCUGGGUUUCUCAACACAGACAUGGAUGUUCCGGAUUCUCCACACUGGAAUAUGGGGCUGUUAAAGACCUUUGAUUCCUCUGAGUUUGGAAAGUGGGAGAAAAUAGGCUCAGGUGGAUUUGGACAAGUAUACAAAGUUCGGCACGAACAGUGGAAAACAUGGCUGGCUAUCAAGUGCCCUCCCUGCCUUCAUGUAGAUAACAAGGACCGUAUGGAGCUGCUGGAGGAGGCUAAGAAGAUGGAGGCGGCCAAGUUCCGGUACAUCCUCCCGGUGUAUGGGAUCUGUGAGGACCCCCAGGGCCUCGUCAUGGAGUACAUGGAGACGGGUUCCCUGGAGAUGCUGCUGGCCAAUGAGCCGCUGCCCUGGGAGCUGCGCUUCCGCAUCAUCCACGAGACGGCGGUGGCCAUGAACUUCCUCCACUGCAUGAACCCUCCGCUGCUCCACCUGGACCUGAAGCCCGCCAACAUCCUGCUGGAUGCUCACUACCACGUCAAGAUCUCCGAUUUUGGCCUGGCCCGGUGGAACGGGCUGACGAGGCCCGGGGACGUCAGCAGAGAUGGCUUCUGCGGCACCGUGGCCUAUUUGCCACCCGAGAGCAUCUUAGAGGAGAAAAGGGUGUCGGACACCAAGCAUGAUGUAUACAGUUUCUCUAUCGUCAUCUGGGGAAUCCUCACGCAGAAGAAACCUUACCAAGAAGAGAACAACAUCCUGCAGAUCAUGCUGAAGGUCGCCAAGGGGGUGCGUCCAGAUCUGAGUGCGGUGCCACGUAGUCGACCUUCUGCCUGCGCAGGGUUCCUGAGCCUAAUGCAACGCUGCUGGGCCUCAAACCCUGAAGUCAGACCCAGCUUCCAGGAAAUCGCUACUGAAGCCGAGGAGCUGUGUUCCAAGCCUCAGGAGGAGCUGAGGAGCCCACGCUUAUCCACAUCGGAGCCAGAGCCCAUGUCCCCGACUGCACUUCCCAAUGACCAGGUUCAAGGGGACAAACCGGUGCGCCCAAAGUCAGCCAUGCUGCCAGAAAAGGACUACAGCCUGUCGGAGCUGCUGAGCCAAGUGGAUUCUGGGAUCUCCAGGAGCUUUGAUCACGUGAAGGAGGACAGCUGUCACAUUAAGGAAAACACUUGCAAGAGACUGUCUGGCAUCUCCUCAGCUGAUUCAGCCUUCUCUUCCCAAGACUCCAUCACGUUGUUGUCGUUUGACAAAGAAAGCACAUAUGAUUUCGCUGAGGUCCAGAAGCGGAAGCUUUGCGAGGCCAUCCGGACCAGAGACACGGCCAAGCUGAUGAAAAUCCUACAGCCUCAGGAUGUUGAUCUUCUCCUCGAGGGCGGAGGCAGCCUGCUCCACCAUGCCGUCGCCCUAGGCAACGAAGAGGCCGUCAAGUUCCUGCUGCUGAACAACGCCAAUCCCAACUUCGCCAACGCCCGUGGCUCCACGGCCCUCCACCUGGCCACGGAGAAGCACAUGAAGCCCCUGGCGGAGCUUCUGCUCGGCCGGCGCAGCACCAACGUCAACGCCAAGGACGAAGACCAGUACACGGCUCUGCACUGGGCCGCGCAGAACGGGGAUGAGGCAAUCGCGCGCCUGCUGCUGGACCGCGGCGCCGCCAUCAACGAGACGGACGGCCAGGGGCGCACACCCGCCCACGUGGCCUGCCAGCACGGCCAGGAGAACGUCUUCCGGGUGCUGCUCAGCCGAGGCGCCGACGUCCGCGUCAAGGGCAAAGACGACUGGACCACGCUGCACCUGGCCUCCUGGCAGGGACACCUGGGGAUUGUGAAGCUGCUGGUCAAACAGGCCGGCGCUAUGGUGGACGGGCAGACGACCGACGGCCGCACGCCGCUGCAUCUGGCCUCGCAGAGGGGGCAGUACCGAGUGGCCCGGAUCCUGAUCGAGCUGGGGGCGGACGUCCACGUGAGAUCGGCUGAGAUGAACACGCCGCUGCACGUGGCAGCGGAGACGGGGCACACCAGCACCUCCCGCCUCUUGGUCAAACACAAGGCAGACAUCCACGCUCAGAACGCCCACGGCCUCACGCCCCUCCACCUGGCUUCGCAGCGAGGCCACCUGGCCACUGUCAAGAUGCUGCUGGAGGAGGGGGCCGACCCCUGCAAGGCCGACCGAGCCCUGCGCACCCCCUGCCGCCUCGCAGCCGAGGCCGGACACUGCGAAGUCCUGAAGGAGCUGCUCCUUCACUGUCCGGACGGCGGCGACUCGUCAGCCCAGCAGGGGCUUGGUCCCGCUCCGUUACCGGAAGGCUACACAGACACAGACACAGACACCGUCACCGCGCUUCUACCGCAGGACUGCCAGGAGGUAAUCGCAGAGAGGUCGGUGCAGCCUGUGGCCGAGGAGCCGGCUCAACAGGAGGUCAAGCAGCUGAAGAGGAAAGUGGUCAUUCUUAAACUGACGGAGCACGACAGCGACGACUCGCAGGUGACGUCAGCGCCCUGUUAAUGGGCAGGGACGCGGCAAGAACUGUUCCCAGGUUUACACUCCAUGGGAUCGACUCGGUAAUCGGGACUGUAAGUAUUUUACCAUAGUGAGAGAAGCUUUGAUGUACAUAUGUAAAUGAAAAUUAUAAAUACUGUAUUUGAUUUUUGUAUUUCCUUUUUUACUGAACAAUACCAUUUUUUUUAUGUAAAAGCACAUUUUCUAAGGAGAGCCCGUACCCUGGGGCAUGCUGGUAUGCCUGUAAUAUAUAUAUUUAAUGAAACACAAAGACGGUCACAAGCUUCGUUAAAUACUGUACAUCACACGGUUUCUGUUUAUGCAUUGUACCAGAAGUGUUUGCACCUGUUACAUAUCAGUGCUUCAUCCACCAAUUAAAACAUUUAAGAAUGUAAACUUCA